CACGUCUCUAUCUAGGCAAAGUAAAUCUAUCAACCAUCAAAUUAAUCAAUUCUAACCUCAAGGAAGUGACAUGCUAUUUUUGUAAAUGAAUAUUAUUUUCAUUUGUUACUCAAAACGAUGGGUGAUAAAAUAAGAAUUAAUUCAAAAUUUGAUGUAAAGGAGAACUAUGAACCUUCAGGUUCUGAAGAUGAAUAUACAGAAAGAGAAAAAGAGUUGAUUUCAAAAGUAAAAAAACGGAAGCAUGAUGGUUCUGAUAAUGAAGAUGAAAUGUAUGCAUUCUCCGAAUCCGAUGAAGACUCUGACAUCCAAAAGGACAACCCUGACAUAGCAGAUAGUGAUGUAGAAGGACAAGAAAAAUCUGAUGAUGAUUUACCAGAUCCAAAAGCAUGGGGAAAGAAAAAACGAUCUUACUAUUCUACAGAUUAUGUUGAUGAAGACUAUGGAGGGUUUGGACAGGAUGAACAGGCUGCUCUUAUGGAGGAAGAGGAGGCAAAAAAUAUUCAAAAAAGAUUGCUAGAACAACUUGGUGAUGAAGAUUUCACAUUGGAAUUUUUCACUAAACAGAUCCAAGCAGCAGAAGACAAGGAGUCUGUUAUUAAAAGUGACCUCAGUCAAAUGUCAAAAAGGCAAAAAAUACAGUUGUUGGAAAAAGAAAGUCCAGAGUUUGCAGGUCUCAUUAAUGAUUUUAAAACAAAGCUAACAGUGGCUAAAGAUGAUUUACAACCAGUUUUAGAAUUAGUGAAAGAUGGUAAACUACCAAAAUGCCCUGCUUCGAAAUUUGUAAAAACAAAUUAUGAUUUGAUACUAAACUAUUGCACAAAUAUCAGUUUUUAUUUACUUCUGAAGAGUCAGAGAAUCAAUAUACAGAAUCAUCCAGUUAUAAAACGAUUGUAUCAGUAUAGUCAAAUUUUGAACAAAAUGGAACCAAUAUAUUUAGAAGUUAUUAAACCACAAAUUGAUAAAAUUUUGGCUGCUGUGAAGAGUAAUUUGGCAUUGACUGUAACAGAAUUCAAACAAGAACAAAAAGACAGAAUGAAACGCAAGUCUGGAAAAGCAGCUCCAGAAUCAGCACCGAAGAAACUGAAAUUGAUAAGUGCUAUUGAAAAAGAUGAUGGAGAAGAUACUGGUGUUUCAGAUGAUGAUUAUGAAGAAAAUGAAUUGACCAACAUUGAUACUAAAGUUGAUAAUGUUAGGUAUGACAAUGAAUCAGAAGAAAGUGGAUUUUCAGACAAUGAGGCUUCACCUAAUUAUACUGAAAUUGAAAAUAAACCAUCCACAUCUCAGGCCCUAAUAGUUGAAGGUGAUAAACGUGAUAUAACCUACCAAAUUGCUAAAAAUAAAGGUUUGACGCCUCACAGAAAGAAGGACCAGAGAAAUCCACGAGUGAAACAUAAACUCAAGUACAGAAAAGCCAAGAUCAGAAGGAAGGGUGCUGUCCGGGAGCCUCGAACAGAGAUCACACGUUAUGCAGGAGAAUCUUCUGGUAUUAAAGCUAAUGUUAAGAAGAGUGUUAAAAUUAAGUAG